AUGUCCAAACUAAACCAAGACACCCUCCGAAACGAUGUCGACGAGAAAAAAGAGGCGAAAGAUGAGGAGAUCAAACUGAAAAAGAUCAUAAAUGGGCGGGGCGAACCGGCGUUCGGACUGAAAUUGAUUCCGGAGCACUUGGUGUUCAGAUACACGCAUCCGCUUCCCGGAUUUGCAACGUUUACGAUUGUUAACACGAAACCCGAUAGACAGGCGUUUAAGGUGAAAUCAAGUGACAACACUGUCUACACAGCGAAGCCAAGUGUCGGUUUCAUUCAGGUCUGUUUAACCGCGCUCUACCGAAACCGAAGUACGACAUUGAGAGACGCAGAGAAAAAGGGGAUUUCGCCAGGCGAGCGAGUGCACAUCCGUGUGACCUACCUGAAUCCAGGCGGCGCCGAAAAGAAGCCAGAUUUCCGGAAACACGUGGCAGUUUAUCACGUGUCAGCGGGCACCUCGAAGACGUACGAGGAGGCGUUUGCCAGACGGACGGACGGUGUAUUUCACUAUUACUGUAACCAUUCGGAUGGAAUGGCUUCUGAGGACAAUGAGGCUCCGCCCCCUGAGGAACAAUAG